AUGGGCAUCCUCCUGCAACGUCUCGUUGACUACCAUCCAUGGGACCAACUCGGAACAUCGACAGCACUAGUCCUCUUUUCUCUCUGUGCUCUAGGACUUUUAGCUUGGCAUCUCCGCGAGGAUAAACCGUACUCGGGAUUCAAGCUGGUCGGCAAGGAACGAGGAGAGUGGUCUUACGAGAAGGCGAGGGAAAGGUGGAACAACAACGCCUUUGGGCUCCUGAGGGCGGGCUUUGAGGAAACUCAUGGCCGGCCAUUCCAAGUUCUAUCCCCAUUUGGGCCCUUAGUGAUGUUGCCCCCGAGCUUGUGCGACGAGAUCAGAAAUGACAAACGCUUGACAUUCACCGGUUUCAUCGAUAGACAAUGGCUCACACGUUACCCUGGCCUAGAUAUUCUUCAAGACGGCCUAAAGGGGGAAGUUAUUCAAGAGGCAAUGCGGACGAAUCUCAACCAAGAGCUGGUGUACCUAACAGAGCGACUCCGCGAAGAGACAUCCCUCAUCCUCAAAGAACAACUCCCAUCAAGCAAAGAAUGGCAAGAAAUCAGAUUCUUCCCCGUGGCAACUCAGCUAGCAGCACGUCUAUCCGCAAAGAUCCUCCUCGGCGACCGCCUCUGCCGCGAUAAAGAGUGGAUAGCAGUCUCCAUCAACUUCACCGGCGUCGUCCUCCGCGCAGGCCGAGCUCUGCGCGCCUGGCCUGUCCUACUACGCCCCCUGGUGCAUCGCUUCGUGCCGACGUUGAAGUACCUUCGGGAACAAAUCAAGCAGGCGCGCAAGAUCAUGGAGCCGGAGUUUGCAGCGCGGAGGCUGUCGAGGAUUGAAAAGGAGAGGCCUAUGGAUCCACUGUCGUGGAUUGAUGAUGUUCGACGCGGGCGGGAGUUUGAUGUUGUUGCUGGACAGCUGUUUCUCACGUUUGCGGCGAUUCAUACAACGUCUUCUGUGGUGACUGCCAUAUUGUAUGAUUUACUAGCGUAUCCAAAGUACUUUACUCUGCUGAGAGAAGAGAUUGUCAAGGUGUUUACCGAGGAUGGGGGUUGGAGCAAGAACAGCCUCUUCAAGUUGCAGUUGAUGGACAGCUGUAUGAAGGAGAGCCAGCGGUUGCACAUCUUGGGUUCCCACAUCAUGAACCGCAGAGUCGAAGAGCCCAUGACCCUCUCCGACGGAACCUACCUCCCAAAGGGCACCUUAAUCACGGUAGCCACGCACAACACCCGCGACACAGCCCUCUGGGGACCCGAGCCCGAGAAAUUCGACGGCCACAGGUUCCUCCGCAUGCGAGAGGAGCCAGGGCAGGAGAACCGAUGGCAGUUUGUCUCGAGAAGCCCCGAGUUCCUCGCCUUUGGCCAUGGAACGCACGCGUGCCCGGGGCAGUUCUUUGCUAGCAACGAGAUGAAGAUUGUGCUGGCGCACCUGAUCAUGAACUACGACUGGAAGAUUGUGGAAGAGAAGCCACCGACGAGCAUGUUUGUCAGCCGGUUUGUGCCGGAUCCGAGGGCGCUCAUUGGGUGUAGGGCGAGGACACCUGAGAUUGAGUUAUGAGAGUAAGGAUACACGAGCAGCAAAAAAGAACGAAGGAUCGGGUAAGCCAAAAGGGAGCAAAGCAGCAAGAAAAGCAAAAAGAGAAUGCGUCAAUCGCUGACGGGAAUUG